AUUGUUUUAAGUGCAUUUUGAAAAAAAAGCAAUAUUAAACCUAGAGUCGUCAGUGAGCGUGUCCCGGUUCCCCAUCUCCAGUAGCGUCACCCCAGCCCUUCCCUCCGAUCGCCCGAGCAUUUUUGCGAGCCAAAGCUCCUCCGCGGGCUACCUCUAGAGAGAGAAAGUAGAGAGAGAAAGAGAGUGAGAAUGGCGACGACGGAAGAAGAGAGCGCGGUGAAGGAGCCGUUGGAUCUGAUAAGGCUCAGCCUGGAUGAGCGCAUCUACGUCAAGCUCCGCUCCGACCGCGAGCUCCGCGGCAAGCUCCAUGCAUAUGAUCAGCAUUUAAAUAUGAUUCUCGGUGAUGUUGAAGAAGUAGUCACUACUGUAGAAAUUGAUGAUGAGACAUAUGAAGAGAUUGUUCGGACUACAAGGCGCACGGUUCCUUUUCUCUUUGUCAGAGGGGAUGGUGUUAUUCUUGUUUCACCUCCUUUGAGGACAGCUUGAUUAAUUCAACUCCUCUCAACAUGGUUAACCAGUAACGGUGGAUUUUGUCAAAGCCAUCACUGUGUUAGUGUACCUUAUUAAUGUUGAAAGAAGAAAAACUCUCAGAACAUGCAGAUAUUUAAGCUUUUUGUUGUAUGAACUUGGUUUUCUGCUCUUUCUUUGUUGAGUGCUACUGAUUGGAACCUUGACAUAUAUUAUGUGGAUAGGUUAAGUUUCAAACUUACUCAUUUCAUAAACA